GGCGGACUGGGCUGUGGGGGAAGGUCCCCGCUUGAGGUGCCUCUCGGCUCGUCUCCCCGCCCGGUACCAGGGGGCGGGCCCGGGACUCUCCCCCCUCCACCCGCACCGGGCUCCGGGCUCUCCAGGCUUUUUGAGGAGGAGCCGGCGGGCCGGGCCGGGGCCGGGGCUGGGGCCGCCGCUUGCAGGGUAUCUCAAGUGCCUUCCCUUUUUUGAGAUUUCUGAAAAUAAAAUAACUAAGAAGCAAUCUAGAUGAUGGAGAUGAUAUUGGAUAGAUUUAGAACUGGAAGGACCUCAGAGGACAUCAAAUCCAACCGUCUCAUUUUGCAGUUGAGAUACUGAAGCCAGGAGGAGUUAACUGACCGGCCCAGGGUCACACAACAAGGAAAUGUUUGAGGAAAGUUCUACUUCCUGUGAAAGGAAAUAAAGAUGAAAUUGAAAUUUUUAACUAUAAAUUAGAUGGAUUUAUGUUAUUUUCUUGUGAACUAAAGUGAUUCAAUGUCUCUUCUGGAUUGUUUCUGUACCUCACGGACACAAGUUGAAUCAAUCAGAUCUGAAAGUCAGUCUGAAACAAGCAUCCACCAAUACUUGGUAGAUGAGCCAGCCUUCUCUUGGGUGCCUUCCUCUCCUAGAGGCAAUGAAAUGCCAUUAUGCUCUUCUAAUGUUUCUCACUAUGAACUCCAAGUAGAAAUAGGAAAAGGAUUUGACAAUUUAACUUCAGUCUACCUCGCCCGGCAUACUCCCAGUGGAACAUUAGUGACUAUAAAAAUUACAGACCUGGAAAGUUGCUCUGAAGAACAUUUGGCAGCUUUGCAGAAUGAAGUGACACUCUCCCACUUCUUCCGGCACCCGAACAUUACUGCAUACUGGACAGUGUUCACAGCUGGCAGCUGGCUUUGGGUCAUCUCUCCAUUUAUGGCUUAUGGUUCUGCAAGUCACCUCUUGAAGACUCACUUUCCUGAAGGAAUGAGUGAAACUUUAAUAGGAAACAUUCUGUUUGGAGCAGUGAGAGGGUUAAACUAUCUGCACCAAAAUGGCUGUAUUCACAGGAGUAUUAAAGCCAGUCACAUCUUGAUUUCUGGAGAUGGCCUUGUAUGUCUCUCUGGCCUGUCCCGUCUCUACAGUUUGGUUAACCAUGGGCAAAAGUCUAAAGCUGUGUAUGAUUUCCCCCCGUUCAGUAGAUCAGUUCAUCCAUGGCUGAGUCCAGAAUUACUAAGACAGGAUCUAUAUGGGUAUAAUGUGAAGUCAGAUAUUUAUAGUGUUGGUAUUACAGCAUGUGAAUUAGCCAAUGGGCAGGUACCUUACCAAGAUAUUCACCGGACUCAGAUGCUAUUACAAAAACUGAAAGGUUCUCUUUCCUACCCAUUGGAGAAAAAUGCAACCCUUCAAACAGAAUCCAGAUUAAAGAACUCCCGCUCUGGUGUAGACUCUGGAAUUGGAGAAAGUGUGUUAGUUUCUAGCUUGACACACACAGUGACCAGUGAGAGACUGCACACUCCAUCUUCAAAAACAUUUUCUCCCGCUUUUCACAGUUUGGUAGAACUAUGUUUGCAACAAGACCCUGAAAAAAGACCAUCAGCAAGCACGUUGCUGUCACAUGCGUUUUUCAGGCAGAUAAAAGAACAGACCCAGGAUUCAAUACUUUCAUUGCUGCCUCCUGCUUGUAGCAAAUGGCCAGUAGCAAUACCUCCAGUAUCAACCUGGACUGAGCCUAAAUAUAUUCUUAUGGAUGAAGAAGACAUUGACUGGGAAUUCUAGAGACUUCAGAUCACUCUUAUGUCCUAUUUACUUGACCUCUUUGCUGCUUUUUCUCUAUAUAGGCUAAGUACCUGUGCCAGAGCCAUACUUGAAAAUACAAUUGUUGCACUGGAAAUUUUAAAUCACUCUUUUUCUUUAACAGCCUUUCCAAAUGGCUCUAAGUGCUAAAAGUUCUGGAAACUUUUAGAAUUAAGAAUUUGGUUGCUUUCUUUGGUUGUGUAUUUUGUUCAAACUGUGAUUCCUUCUUGACCUCCAAAUAUAAUGUUGAUCUAUUUUUCUCAUGUUCUUGGCUGCUUUCAGGGUGAACCCUCCAAGGAGGACAAGACAGUAACUUUUCAAAUACAUUUUUUCUUCUACUUUCCCUAACUUUUUGGCUUCUAUCAUGGGAGAAAUGGCCAAUUCAUCUUGACAUCUAUUUUAAGUAGAAGGAAAAAAAUGUUUUUUUCAUUGUCUUCUCCUGACACAAUAUCUAUUCUCUAUCAAUCAAUCAAUCUGAGCCUAAGAUUAAAUGAUUCACUAGUAUUUUUAUAAAGGAAUGUGAAUUUUUUCCAUUUCAAAAACACCUAAUUAGUUGCACUUUUAAAUUAAAUUCAUGCACUCUAUGUA